AUGGCUGUCUGUGGUCAGGGAGGCUGGGGGGUGACCUGCAGUCCUUCUCAGAUCUGUGCCUUAAAAGGAUCCACAGUGAAAAUAAGCUGCAAUUAUUCAUACCCUCCCAAUCCUCCAAAGUACUCAUCUGUCUCAGUGAGUCCUUCUGGUCCAGUAGAAGAGGGUAAACCUCUGUUUCUGACCUGCAGCAGUGAUGCUAACCCAGCACCUGCAUACACCUUGUACAAGGACAGUAAACUCCUUUCCUGGUCCAAAGAUGUUUAUUCUGUUCCCUCCAGCACCUCUAAAGACAGAGGAAACUACCUUUGUCUGUCUGAGAAUCACUAUGGACAACUAAAAUCUUCAUCUAUAUUUGUGGAUGUUUUCUAUGGUCCAAAACUUCCCUCUGUCUCAGUGAGCCCCUCUGGUGAUAUUGUUGAAGGCAGUUCAGUGACUCUGACCUGCAGCAGUGAUGCUAACCCAGCAGCUAAUUACACCUGGUACAAGGAAAGUGACCACAGACCUGUUGGUGUCAACAGACAACUCAUCUUCAGUUCCAUCAAGCGAUCUGAGUCUGGCCUGUAUGUCUGUAAAGCCUUCAACUAUAGGGGAGGAAAUGUAUCUGAUGGAGUCAAGAUUGAUGUUAUAUACGCUCCAGAUCUUCCCUCCGUGUUGAUGAGUCCUUCUGAUGGCAUCAUGGAGGGCAGUUCAGUGACUCUGACCUGCAGCAGUGAUGCUAACCCAGCGGCUAAAUACACCUGGUACAAGCAGGGUGAAAACUCAUCAAAAGCUUCAGGAGAAAACUUCACCAUCAACAACAUCAAACACGAUCACAGCGGAAACUAUUACUGUCGAGUUGAGAACAGAAUAGGACAUAAAAACGCCACACUACAGGUGGCUGUCGUGGCAGGUCAAAAAUAG